AUGCGUUCUGCGAAUGUUCCUAUCAAAACACCCGUCCCAUCACCUUCGACGAAACCCGAGCAUAUGCGGGAUAUUUCGAUCACUCCAUCAAAGUUAUUCGCACCACCGAUAUUUGCUGCAUCUGUGAAGUCGAACACGGAGAAAACGACAGCGAAAUUUUACGCUCGCAUAUCACUGCCAUACUGCGAACUAUGGAAACAGUUGGAGAUAAACAUCUCGACGAUAAAGCAAUUUUUUAUACGAAAAAAGCUGGUGUAUCUUGAUACCCUCAUGUUUCUGGCAUAUCUGGAUCCUGCGGGCCCAGAUCAGAAGUACGAAGAGAGUCCAUUGCCUGUGUGGGAAAAGAAAGAUGGGUCUCCCAGUGAAUAUAUCCAGCUUGACGCAAAGAUACAGUGGAUACGUCAAACAUCCUUUAUUAAAAUACAAGAGUAUGAUCGUGGUAAUGAAGAGGCCUUGAAAUUGCAGUUCAACAUACUUGUUCAGUUCUCCAUCGAGGAAUACAAGUUGUCAAAUUUGUUAGAGAAAGAAAGGAAAGAAUCUGAGAAUAAAUAG